CUAAACUGUCUAUACACUUGAGUUACUCAUGAAUACACAAAAACUUUGGCACAUGAAAGACAGCAGCCAUGGCAGACAACGAUGAAAAGUGCAGUAUAUACCCAGGACUGGUUCCAUUCAGUAAUGAGCUCAAAGCCAAGAUGGAGCAGUUUGUGGAGGAAAGGACAGAGGCCAGUUUGUGGAUUUCUUUGUUGGUGGGAGCUGUGAUUGCCAUUUCAUUAGUUGGGGUUGUCGUGGUGUUUCUGUACAGAAGAUACAAACUAUCAAAGGAGGAGGCUGGUGUCCCUCACUAUCGCUUCAGAAAGAGAGACAAAGUGAUGUUCUAUGGCAGAAAGAUCAUGAGAAAGGUUCAGACAUUGUCCACGACUCCUGCUUCCAACUCAAACUCAGCCUCCAGGCAGAGAGUGAGGAAGAGGACCAAAGUCAUGUCCAUAGCUCGCAAGAUCCUGCGAUUCCGGCGGGAGCCCCCCACCCUGCAGCCCAAGGAGCCUCCUCCAUGUCUGCUGGAGGCUGACUUGACUGAGUUCGAUGUGCAGAACUCUCAUCUGCCCUCUGAGGUGCUGUACAUGCUGAAAAACGUCAGGGUGCUCGGGCACUUUGAGAAGCCUGUCUUCCUGGAGCUGUGUCGUCACAUGGUGCUGAUGCAGCUGCAUCAGGGAGAGGGACUCUUCCGACCUGGUGACAUUGAUGACAGCAUUUACGUGGUCCAAGAUGGCCGCCUGGAGCUAUGCAUCCAUGAGAGUGAUGGUACUGAUGCUGUGGUGAAGGACGUGCUGCCAGGAGACAGUGUUCACAGUUUGCUCAGUAUCCUGGAUGUAAUCACUGGUUACUCAGCUCCUUACAAGACAGUGUCUGCAAGAGCUGCAGUUCCCUCCGCCGUCCUGCGUCUUCCAGCUUUGGCAUUUCAGUCCGUUUUUGAGAAAUAUCCCGAAACUCUGGUCCGCGUCAUCCAGAUUAUAAUGGUGCGUCUCCAGAGAGUGACCUUCCUUGCCUUACACAACUACCUCGGCCUCACCACUGAGCUCUUCAACCCGGAAAGUCAAGCCAUCUCCUUGGUGUCGGUGGCAAAUGUUCUGGGUGAGGCUCAUCCACACAAAGGUUUCCGCAGGCAGCCUUCCCACUCUGACGACGGGAGCUUUGAAAAAUCGGAUGCAGCAGAAAAGUCCAACCCUUCUGACACCUCCACACCAAAAUACAGGAAAUCAUCUCUCUCCAGCUCACCUGCAUCUACAGGUGAAAUGUUGGCCGACCCCAACAGAGUGUAUGAACAAGCUCAGUCUUCCAAAGAUGAGACGACGCCUCACAGUUCUGUGAAGAGUAUUCUGAAGAAGAGUGUGACCAUGCAGUACACUCCAUCUGCUGUGUACCAUUACAGUGAUGCUGGAGGAGGAACCAUCCAUCAUAAUAAAAUCAAUGUCAUUUUCCAAGCUGCUAAAAAGGAUCUGCUGCAGGUCAUCCAAAUACAGGACCCCAGUCUGCUGGAAGGAAGGGUGACACUUCGUCAGGUCAAAGCUGGCUCAGUUGUAGGCCACCAAGGAGAUCAGGAUGUCAGCGUGGCGUUCGUCAUCUCAGGGGUGCUCCACGUCUACCAGCGUAUGAUAGACCGCGAGGAGGAGAGCCUGCUUUUUCUCACCCACCCAGGAGAGAUGGUGGGUCACCUGGCCGUUCUCACAGGAGAGCCCCUCAUCUUCACAGUGCGAGCCCACCGAGACUGCACCUUCCUCUCCAUAUCCAAAGCCCACUUCUACGAGAUAAUGCGUGAGGAGCCGAGAGUGGUGCUGAAUGUAGCUCACACUGUGGUGAGGAGGGUGUCGCCAUUUGUCAGGCAGAUAGACUUUGCCCUGGACUGGAUGGCCGUGGAGGCUGGUCGUGCAGUCUACAGACAAGGAGACAAGUCAGAUAGCACCUUCAUUGUCCUCAGUGGCCGACUGCGUUCUGUCAUCGCAAAGGAUAAUGGGAAGAAGGAGCUGGCCGGGGAGUACGGCCGUGGGGAUCUGAUCGGCGUGGUGGAGGCCUUGACACACCUGAACCGAGCCACUACAGUCCAUGCUGUCAGGGACUCGGAGCUAGCAAAGCUACCUGAGGGAGCUCUGAACUCCAUCAAGAGGAGAUAUCCUCAGGUUGUCACCAGGCUGAUUCAUGUGCUGGGACAGAAGAUCCUGGGCAACAUGCAGCAGGUCAACGGACCUCUGGCUGGUCAUAGUCUCAACACACCCACCAGUAAGUGGGAUACUGGAAAUCCAGUCUCUAAUCUGUCCACGGUGGCCAUCCUGCCUGUGUCUGACGAGACCCCCAUCACUGCCUUCACUCUGGAGCUGCAGCAUGCACUCAGUGGCAUUGGUCCCACUCUACUCCUGACCAGUGACAUCAUCAAACAGAGACUGGGCUCUGCUGCUCUGGACAGCGUCCAUGAGUACCGUCUGUCCAGCUGGCUUGGGCAGCAGGAGGACAUCCAUCGCAUCGUCCUCUACCAGUCUGACUCUGGACUCACACCUUGGACCCAGCGCUGCAUCCGCCAGGCCGACUGCAUCAUCAUUGUGGGACUGGGUGAGCAGGAGCCCACUGUGGGAGAGUUGGAGCGGAUGUUGGAGAGUAGUUCGGUGCGGGCUCAGAAGCAGCUGGUGCUGCUGCACAGAGAGGACGGCCCGCCGCCCAGCGGGACGGCUGAGUGGCUAAACAUGCGGAGCUGGAUCUCCAGACAUCAUCACCUGUCAUGCCCCCGUAGAGUGUUCUCCAGGAGGAGUUUACCCAAGCUGAGAGAGUUGUACCAACGUGUGUUUGAGAAAUGUCCUGAUCGUUACUCCGACUUCUCCCGCCUAGCAAGGAUCCUGACAGGAAACAGCAUCGCCCUGGUGCUGGGUGGAGGAGGUGCCAGAGGCUGCUCUCAGGUCGGCAUCCUGCGGGCGCUGAACGAGGCAGGAAUCCCCAUCGACAUGGUGGGCGGCACCUCCAUCGGCUCUUUAAUGGGAGCGCUGUACGCCGAGGAGAAGAGCAGCAGCAGGAUGAGGGUCCGGGCUCAUGAGUGGGCCAUGGAUAUGACCUCUCACUUUAAGAAGAUCUUGGACCUGACCUACCCUGUUACCUCCAUGUUUUCUGGAGCUUCUUUUAACUCCAGCAUUAGCGCCAUCUUUAAGGACAAACAGAUAGAGGACCUGUGGUUACCAUACUUCAACAUUACAACAGAUAUCACAGCUUCCUCUAUGAGAGUCCACACUGACGGUUCGUUGUGGCGUUACAUCCGUGCAAGUAUGUCCCUGUCUGGUUACAUGCCGCCUCUCUGUGAUCCCAAAGAUGGACACUUGCUCAUGGACGGAGGCUACAUAAACAACCUUCCUGCCGACGUCGCUCGCUCCAUGGGUGCCAAGGUCGUGAUUGCAAUUGAUGUUGGAAGUCGGGAUGAAACCAGUCUGACAAACUAUGGCGACUAUCUGAGCGGCUGGUGGCUGCUGUGGAAGCGGUUCAACCCCCUGGCUGAGAAAGUCAAGGUCCUGAACAUGGCAGAGAUUCAAACACGGCUUGCUUACGUGUGCUGCGUGAGACAGAUGGAUCUGGUCAGAGACAGCGACUACUGCGAAUAUAUCCGGCCGCCAAUCGAUCGCUAUGGCACGCUGGAAUUUGGAAAGUUUGACGAGAUUGCUGAGGUGGGAUACCAGCACGGGAAGACUCUGUUCGAUGUGUGGCACCGCAGCGGCGUGGUCGACAGCAUGAUGAAGGACAGACACCAGGAGGAGUUCCACAAGACCAAAGCUGGUCAUGUGGUCACAUGUCCAAAUGCCUCCUUCACUGACCUGGCAGAGAUCGUGUCAAGAAUCGAACCAGUCAAAAACGCCAAGAUUGACGAGGAACUCUCUGAUGAGUACCAGACAGACUACGAUGAAGAGGCAGUGGAGAGUGCCUUGUCUGACUUUGAGGCCUUCACCCCCGGCAGUGAGCACACAGAUGGAGAGGAGACGGCUGAGACUGAUGAAGAAUAUCCAAUCCGAGUUCGACAGCGGCCAAAAAACGCUUCACAAAAUGCUCAUCUGUGACAUUCAUGAAAGCUGUGGCAGCUUCUCGGGCCUGCAGCGGAACCUUAGAGAGUUUUCAGUGUUUUCAGAUCCAGUCAUCAGCAGGUUCAGUAAAACCUCAGCAGGACGCUGCUGGUGGAAACAGUUGAAGCUGCAGCGUGGUUUCAUUAUGCAGUUAAACAAACUGUCCUGUUGCUUAAAAUGGGAGAACUAAGCAGCGCUGGAGCUCAUGUUACCCUCAUAUUGUUCUUUUUUUUUUAACUGAUCUGAUUGUUCUCUUCUGCCCAUUCACUUAACUGUGAGGUCACUUCCUGUCCUUAUUUCAUUGGUUGCUGUUAUCAUGCAGUUAGCUGCAGCUGCACCAUCGUCCUGACUAAUGAUGGCAGCGUAAUGUUUGACUUGAACCCUCUAGCAGCCGAGUGAAAUCAAGAAACUCCACGAACUGUCUGUGGGAGGUCAGGCAGACAUGGAUUAUAAACUUUUAUAUCAUGGUCUGGGUGAAUACUCGAUUCUGAUUGGCUGAAGGGUGUCCAUUAAAAAGUGGUAAUGGACACCUAUGAAAGAAGUUCCGGUCAAAUAGACUUAUU